AUGGCGGACGAUGGCAUGAUUCUCAACUUUGACAUGGGCAGCGGCCCUGUCAAACCCCACGUCAAGAUUCAGGGCGGUCGCUGGCGCGACAGGAACAAAGCGCAGAGGAUCGCUAACAGGAGCGAAAAGGGUCCUUCAUCACCCUCGGAAGAUGCCCCGCCACCUCAGAGAUACACGCCCGGAUCCAGGAAACCUCAGAGAGACGAUCGCCCGGGAGACGAUGAUGGCUCAUAUGAACGUCCGGCUAAGCGGCCCAGGGCAGAGCAUCCCCAGGCGAAUGCCUACCGCACAGGCAAGCUGCCGCCUGGUAGCAUCUCUACCGGCAGGCCGAGAGACGGCCCCGUCACCUCAAAGCUCUUCUCUUACAACCCUACGCCCAAGACCAUAUUCGAUGAGCCAGGUUCCGAGAAGGUUGAGGAGAAAAUAGCCGAGCCUUCGAAUGCGCCGCUCUCUGAUGAAGCUGCUAGCUUCCACGCCCUCGGAAUCUCACGACGCCUGGCCCUGACGCUGUCCGGCAAGAUUCAGCUCAAGGCACCGACUGCUAUCCAGGCCAAGGUCAUUCCUCAACUCAUCACCGAAGACAACGAUGCCUUUGUCCAGGCUCAGACGGGUUCCGGAAAGACCCUCGCUUACCUGCUUCCCAUUAUUCAGCGGAUUCUCUCUGUCGAAGGUCAGAUCAAGAGAGACUCGGGCCUGUUCGCCAUCGUCAUGGCACCAACCCGUGAACUUUGCAGGCAGAUCGAGCUUGUCCUUGCCAAGGUUCUCCCGCCGUACUUGGUCAGUACAACAGUCAUUGGUGGUGAAAGCAAACACUCUGAGAAGAGCCGUUUACGGAAAGGCGUCAAUAUCCUCAUCGCGACACCUGGUCGCCUGAGCGAUCACCUUCAGCACACCAAGACUCUCGAUGUCGGCACCGUAAGGUGGCUGGUUCUCGACGAAGGCGAUCGCCUGAUGGAGAUGGGUUUCGAGGCAGAACUGCGGACCAUCGUCAGCAAGAUCCGCGAGAAUCCCCUGGCAAAAUCAACGGCCAACGGCGUUUCUCUCGCCAAUCUUCCUCAGCGCCGUGUCACCGUUCUUUGCUCAGCCACUAUGAAAAUGAACGUCCAGAAGCUCGGUGAGAUCAGUCUGGAGGACGCCGUUCACAUUACGACGUCGGAAGAAGAACAGGUCGACGGAGAGGAGACCAAGUUCGAGGCUCCAGCGCAACUGAAGCAGAACUACUUGAUCGUGCCUGCCAAGCUGCGACUGGUCACACUUAUCGCGCUCCUAAAGUCGACAUUUUCACGCAAGGGCUCGGUGAUGAAGGCCAUCGUCUUCUUAUCCUGUGCCGAUUCAGUAGACUACCACUUUGAUCUCUUGCGCCAACCGCCGGCUAAGGACGAGAAGGCGACCGAAAACCCUUCGCAAACCGCGAACACGGUGGCUCCGUCAGCAUACAUCACUUCCGCCGCCAAUACCAACAUCGUUCUGCACAAGCUGCACGGCUCCCUACCCCAGCCUGUGCGUACAGCAACACUUGCCUCUUACAGCAAAUGUACAGACCCGACAGUGCUCAUCACCACUGAUAUUGCGUCGCGUGGACUCGAUGUGCCUUCUGUCGAGCUCGUCGUCGAAUACGAUCCCGCUUUCAGCGCAGCAGACCACGUCCAUCGCAUCGGUCGUACAGCCCGUGCCGGCCGGCCCGGUAAGGCCGUCCUAUUUCUCAUGCCUGGGUGUGAAGAAGGCUACAUCGAUCUCCUCAAAGCCCAGAACGCCUCCCCCCCUAAGCCCGAGCUUUACGACACCGUGCUCCACAAAGGUCUCACCACGGGCAUGGAGUUCCCCGUUGAGACAGAUGCAAAGCCCCAGCCCGCCACCGACAGGGGCUUCAGCACUCGAGCUGAGAACCUUCAACUUCACCUGGAACAGCGUCUCCUCCUGCCAUCGGCAACGAAGCUUCUCGACGAGGCACGCAAGGCCUUCCGCUCACACAUCAGGGCGUACGCGACCCACAUCAAGGAGGAACGCGUCUAUUUCGACAUCAACGAGCUUCACUUGGGCCACAUGGCCAAGGCGUAUGGUCUGCGCGAGGCGCCGUCGGGCAUUGGGCGCGGUGGUCAUGACAGCAAGAAAACCGCCAUGAAGAAGAAGGCGGCGGGCAGGAGAGGCGACAGCAGGUCGUCGGGCAACGCCAUGGAGGACAUUGACCCGAACGGAGCCGAGCCGAGUGAGAUGGAGAGGAAGAUGAAGCAGAAGAUGAGGUCUGUGAUGAACGCAGCCAGCGAAUUCAAUCUGGGUUGA